UACCACCGGCAGAAUUUGUGUAGGUGUUGCAUAAGAAAGUUCGAGGAUUCUGUUUACGUUAUUUGUAAAUUCAGUAUUUUUGUGUACACGAUUAUUCCUCACUGUAAUAGGAGAAAAUUUCUCAGAAAAUCGCCGUCGUAAAAAAGUGCGACGUCUGUUUUGUUUUUAGUGAAGUGACAAGUGUGUGUAAUGUGGAGUGGCGUCACGUUAUAAGUUUUCAGGAAGAUGCCUAAGCGGAAGUCUCAGCCCAAGAAAAAUGCAGCUGACUCACAAGUCCAGUUACUGUGGAAUAAAACAGUUGUUUACAGCCCAGAUCCAUUCAGAGGAGCUGGCACUUCACAGGCACGGAGGGAACAGCUUGUUAACAGUGACAUUAGUGAUACCGAUGACUCUUCUGGUGAAGAAGGCAGUAAUGAGCAUGAUAGUGACUCGGAAUUGUCUAUUGUUGAAGAGAGAGAAAGUAGGGCUCAGAGAUCCAGUCGAGAUAACAACUCGACUGAUUCAGACACUGUGAUAAUUGAUGAAAUUAACUCUUCCAGUAAUGCCGAACUUGAUGUGAUAGUUAUUGAGGAUGAAUCAGGUGGAACUCCUCCACCAGGUCGAACUCCUCCAGAACUGAUUGUCAUAGACGACUAUCCAUCUCAUAAGAGAAGAAGAGUGCGUGAAAAGUCACGUUUCUCCAAGGGUCCCUUUUCAGUUCUGAAUGAGUAUGCAUCUGACUGUUCUUUUUAUUUAACGUUAAAAACUGAGCCACCCACAGAAGCAGCAUUCAUAGGUAGUGUUGUGAUUGAAGGAGUUACAUUUGAAAAAGUGGAGAAGGCUUCUUUCAUAAGACUGUAUAUAAGUGAAUUUCCUGGUAGAAGCUUUUUGUAUAUUAAAAAUAAGGUUUCAGAAGAUUAUUGCAUAAUUACUCAAAUUUUGGAUAUCACUCUUUUUUCAGGUCUGAGGAGCCGAGUAUUUCAUCUUGUAGCAGAGUGUGCUCCAGAACAUAAGCACAUGCUUGUACGUGUGUUCAUGAACACAAAUGCACCAUCUAGCUCCAAAGUAGAAUUACGCAAUAGAAAUUCUGUUCUUCAGUAUUUUUAUGGUGUUGAGCAUCCAGUGUACGAAGAUGUGGAAACUGAAGCAAAUGAUCCACAAAUACUUUUCAACGCUAUUAAGAAAUAUCACCAGGCUGCAGGCUCUGUUACUAGUUCGGUCGAUGUUCAGCACCCGUCGUUAGUGCCACAACUUCGUUCUUACCAACAGGAUGCCGUGAAAUGGAUGUUAGCUAGAGAAAACCAACAACAAGUAGAAGAUGAUCUGCAUUGUUUGUACACAGAAAUUAAGAACUCGAUUGGAGAAGAAUUAUUUUAUAACAGAUUUAGUGGUGAAAUAAGAAAGGAAAAACCUUUGGCAGAUGUUCUUCCUACAGGGGGCAUACUGGCUGAUGAAAUGGGGUUAGGAAAGACAGUUGAAGUCCUCGCCUGUAUUCUUGCAAAUGUGCGGCCUUUGGAAGACAUAAAACUGGAAACUGAUUUCAAGGCUACAGUUGAACCGAUUGAAAACACUGAAACCAUCAUAAGCACUAGUUCUGGUGGUCCCCAGUCUCCACAGCUAACUGUGGACUGUGUCCAAGAGACCGUCGAAAUUGUGACAGAAAAAACAGAAACUAUGGAAGUUCCCACAAAGACUGAGAUUAAGUCUGAGGUGCCUACAGAUAGCACGUAUGAGCUCAGUGGGAAAGUGAAGCAAGAAUCAAGCUAUGAAAUGGAUGUUGAAGUAGAUAUUAAACUUCAGGCAGAAAUUUUCAGUAAGCAUGAGGGCAAAGUAAGGAAAAGGAAAGAAAACUCUAGAAAGUCUAAGGCACAGACUAAAAAAACAUACAGAGAUAGAAACACACAGAAUGAAUCGCGUGACAGUGGUACAGUGGAAGACCACAUUUGGGAGACAAUUGAACAUGUUAUCUCAUUCUACUGUCAUGGCACUGACAGAAAACUUCGAAAACCUAGGCCAAAGAAUCUCUUAAGGUUAUCUCUGCAAAGACUCUAUGAACAGAAACUGGCAGAAAUGACUAGACGUCCACAGUUUGUGCCUCUGGCACGGCUCACUGUUCAGUGUGUAUGCGGUGCAGAAUCACCGAACAAGGCAAAGGUGUGCUGCUCACGUUGUGGACAGUGGCAGCAUAUGAAAUGCGUUGGUCUGUCUGCAAAGGAGAAGGGUCUCUACCAUUGUCCACAGUGCUGGCAGUUAAAGGAACCACUUAAAUCAGGAGCUACAUUGAUUGUAGCACCAGCCUCUAUUAGCUGCCAGUGGGUUGAAGAAGUUGGUAAACACAUCAGUGACAAAAGUUUCAGUGUUCUGGUUUACAGAGGAGUUACCAAGGGAUUUGUCCAGCCAUACAUUUUAGCUCGGAGUAAAGUUGUUCUGACAACGUAUGAAACUUUGAGGCGUGAACUUGUAUAUGUGGAAAUGAAUAAUGACUCGGCCAGAUUGCGGCAUGCCAAGCGGUUUUAUGCUCCGCCAUCUCCUCUCACGUGCAUUGAAUGGUGGAGAAUAUGUUUGGAUGAAGCCCAGAUGGUGGAAUCUCACUCGAGUAAGACUGCAGAAACAGCACGCCACCUUUUGGCCGUUCAUCGAUGGGCAAUAACGGGAACCCCUAUACAGAAGUCAGUGCAAGACUUGUUUGGUCUUCUGCAGUUUUUGGAAGUUGAGCCAUUUACUGUUCUAUCAAAUUGGAUGUAUGCUCUGUACAAGCCAUAUUGUCUUGGUGACUAUGAACCACUUCAUAAACUGAUGUGUAAAAUAAUGUGGCGCACUAUGAAAUGGGAUGUAUUGACUCAGCUUGGUGUGCCAGAGCAGACAGAAAAGAUUCAUUGGCUACACUUCGCACCCAUUGAAGAGCAUUUCUAUAGAAUACAGCACAUUCUCUGUUCACAUCAGUUCCUGAAUAAAGUUCAUCAAUUUGCAGACAAAAACAUCAAGUUAAAAGACAUUGACAGGCACAGGUUGUCCAGGUUAUUAUCACCUCUUCUUUCACUUAGAAAAGCUUGUACACAUCACCUAGUUGUGAAAGAUUUUGCACCAGACAAGAAAACAAUGUCCCUGGAAGAAUUACAGACAGCACUAAUUAAAAAGACGAAGAAUGAAUGUGAAGAAUUUCUUCGUCAGUAUAUUGCUGCAUUAAAUGGCCUGGCUGCCAUAUUCAUAAUUUGUAAUACAUGGCUGAAAGCUGUGGAUGUCUAUGACCGCGUUCUGAAGUUGAAUGAUGAAUUUAAGGGAAAGCUGAGUGUUGAUUCUCUUCAGAUGAUCCACACAUUACAUAACUUCGCAGAAAUUUUGGAACAGCAUCAGCAUGUUAGCUCUCUCAAUCUGACAUGUGAAGAUUUACGUGCUCAGUGCAAGACUGUUGAAGAGGAAUACAUAAGUAAAAGAGACUCUCAGGGUGAGGCAGCUUAUGAACAGCUUGAUUCACUGUCUAAAGACGUGGAGGAAUGUGCCAAGGAUUUAUCAAUGGCCAGGGGUGAAUGGUGGGAAGUUCUUAUACAAUACGUUAUUGUAGAAGGGCAUGAAGAUGAGUUUGUUAGUCGUGUGAGGAAUGAUCUUGUUGAUAAAAUGACCAAAUUUGAAGCAAAAUCAGUGCUGGAAAGGCUGAAGACAUUAAAAAGCAUUGAAUAUCAACUGUGCAGAUGGGAUGAAGAACUAAAUGAUCUUAGGAAGAAUUGUCUUAAGAGGCUAGAAUCACUGAAAGUAUCUCCAGUACCAAAACUAGUGAAUGAAAGUGUUGAAUGUCAUUUACGCAGUUAUUCAGCCAACAAGAAGAAGUGUUCUCUUUGUGUUUGUGAAAAUCUUAUAAAAACAUAUGAGACUAAAUUAUUUGCUGUCCAUACAAAAGAUGAAAGACACUCAUUGGUUGGACAAUGCCUUGUUCUUGGCAAGGCAGUACAAACUUCAUGGCAGUGGUCUCAAAUGGAGCAAGUAUUGAGAUCUAUACUGACACACAUUCGAGCAGACAGAUUUAAUGUUCCAGAGAAGAAGUCAUUGUUCAAAGAAGCAAACAAGCAUCUAAGACUGUUAGAUGCUAUGAAGAAAGAAUUCAGACAACUGAGAGUAGCAUGGAUGCGUUUAUUUGAUAUUGUUGCUGUGCAAGAUGAAACUAACAUGGCGAGGCUGCGGCUGAGAGUGCGUUAUCCUGCAGAGCCCCUACCAGCCCCUCAGAAGCGAAAUCUGGUCGGGCAGCUGAGCUCUAACAUUGUUAACAAAGUAGAAACAAUUCACAUCAUUGAAGAGUAUGAGGUGCAGUCACAUGCUGUCCGCCUAGAGGCAGAUCGUGCAAUAGCUUCAGCCGGGCUUCGAAAGAAAUUUGGAAUGCUUCAGUAUUUGGAAAAUCUUAACAAAGAUCCUGACCCAUGUCCUAUUUGCCACUGCAAGCUUGAGAAAAAGUGGAGUGUACUUCUCUGUGGCCAUUACUAUUGUAUGGACUGUAUACAAACGAUGUUGAAGAUCAGCGUAACCUCUGUCACGACAACAGUAAAAUGUGCCGUUUGCAGAGAAACAACACGGUGCAUUGAUAUUUCCUUUGUUAAUCUGGAAACUGAGGACAUAACUGGCUAUGAUGCAGAUGUCAAAAUUUUAGGCUCCCAUUCAAAGAAGGUAGAAGCAAUUGUAAAAACAAUGCUUAUCAUAAAGAAGGAAGACCCAGAAGCAAAGGCUCUCAUAUUCUCUGGGUGGGAGAAGCUACUGGAGAUAUUGAGAACAGCACUAGUCAUGAAUGGAAUAAGUGUCCGACAGUUACAAUCAGGAAACCGAUUUCAGCAGUGCCUAGCAGAUUUCAAGAACAAGGAUUUACGAGUGGAUGCACUCCUCCUCCCUGUCCGUUCCGGUGCCAAAGGUCUUAAUCUUACAGAGGCCACACACGUUUUAUUGGUGGAACCAAUUCUAAACCCUGCAGACGAGUUGCAAGCUAUUGGUCGCGUGCAUCGUAUCGGGCAAAAAAAGAAAACUACGGUUCAUCGGUUUUUGAUACGAGGAACCGUUGAAGAGAGGAUAUAUGAAGCUAUGCAUAGUGGUGCCAAAGACUGGAGUGAUGACAGUAUUACUUUGAAUCAUCUUAUGGGGCUUUUCACUGAUGCUGAAGGUGCUGCAGCUGCUACAUCUGCAGCUGCUCCAUCUGUUGUCACUUUAGAUGAUGGUAAUGAUAGUCAGUCAAACAUAGUUCAAAUGAACAAUAAUGCUCCUAACUCUGCCCAUGGAUUUUCACACGAAAGGUAUGAGCAUGAACGGGAGACUGAACAAGUAGCUUCUUCACUACGGGAUACACCGUCAACAAGUGCUUUGUCACAGUCGGCAGAAAUGUUUCAGGAUGUUGUUCAAGAACAUGUCACUGAUUUACAGUGUGCAGGUAGCAGUAACAAUAGUGCUGGUGUAAAUGUUGAUACUGGAACUAUGUUGGAUGUUGAUGAGAUAAACAGUUAUAAUCCUAUACCUGGAACCUCCCGUGACACAGGUCACCAUUUAGUGCAAAGUACAGUGGACAUUGUAAUGCCAGUUGGAAGUGUGCCAUCAACAAAUGACUCAUCAAUGGAAGAGGAAGGUAGUGCUUUGCAAGGUCUUGUUGAUGGCAUUUGAAGUGCAGCAGAAAGCACUUUGUUCCUUUAGUGAAUGAUUGUUGAACAAUCUUUCUACAAUCAUUUUGUAACUUGCGGUUGUGUCUGAGAUAUGUGUUAGAGUGUAAGAAGCAAUUUGGAACUGAGUGUCAGGAAUUUCUUACAUUGCUACUUACUUUUGAUUAGUAACACAUGCAUUUUUAUAUAAUUUAUCAAUAACCUUUUGAACUCUGGCUCAAAAAUGUUGUGUGUAUGGGGAGGGAGGGGGGGGGGGGAGAGAGAGAGAGAGAGAGAGAGAGAGAGAGAGAGAGAGAGAGAGAGAGAGAGAGAGAGAGACUAUGUACAUGCACAAGCCAGUGUUGAUGUAGGUGGAAAGAUUAAUGUGAUAUUGUCAGAAUUUUAUUGACUGUCACCUCUCCAAAGCAAGAGAGAUUAAGAUGUGUAAAACACUGUAUUGUCCAAAACAAACUUAGGAAUUAUACCACAAAGCACAGGUAACAUUUUUGGAAAUGUUAUGUCUAACAUAUAAAAAUCUUCAAAUUUUUACCUUCAAACUGUUAUCAAUUGCAGACAUUUCUAUUGCCUGUAUCAGUUAGAGCAUGUUGAUCAGUUUGACAGGAAUUUAUCAGUGCUCCAUAUAUUCUAUAUAAUUUAACAGUCCUCUCGUAACAGCUUCUUAUUCAGGUUUAAUACCCUGAUGACAUAUUUUCGACUAGUUAUUGAUACAAAGAGUUGCAUUUUGCUCACUCUUGAUGUGCAAAUUGAUACCUAUAAAGGCUUCGCGCAAGAAUGUAAAGAAGUGAUGAAGUUUUGCAUUGGUACAGAAAACAGCAGCAUGUUAACAAUGUUGUAUCAGUAUGGAGCCUUUUAAGUAUUGGAAGCAAUAUUUAAAAUUUUAUAGAUUCAAGCAGAUGAUCUUUCAUAAAGUUGCAUCACUAUUAUUGUUACAGUUUUCAACUCAUUAUUUCUUUGUUUAGUGUGUUCCAGCAUCAUUUUGAAAAAAAUAAACAUUUUAUUCUGAAAAUGAAUUUCUAUUGCCAUGUAUUUAUUGAGGAAAAAUUCAGUUAUAAAUGGGAGAAGACAUGUAUAAUAAUCAGUCUUACUGCAUCCACUGCCAAUGUUCACUGCCAGUACUUUGUAAUGUUUAAUGUAAAGCAGUCUUUGUAUCGAGUUAAGAAAAUCUGUAUAAAUAAUGGUGAUACCUUAUUGUACAAUCAGUAUGUGAGAGCAGUUUCAAUGGUUUUUUAGAAGUACAUGUAAAUUUGCAUAAAAUGGUCAUUAAAAAUGUAAGUUGCAAAAACUGGUUUGACACAUAGUAGAAUGAACUUUUAAUUUUUUCUUUAUAAAUUAUAAAUUUGGAUGUUAUAGCUGACAUAAAUCGGCAGGAAAAAUGGAUAAUAAUCGGCAUUUGUGUAUGUGAUAGAAUCAUCUACUGGCAACUUUUGCACUGGCACAAGUCUCUCACUCAUGUCACAAGAGUAAUUUUUGUAAAGACUGAAAGCAUUUUAUAUAACUGUAGCAAGUUAAAAUGUGACAAUGUAUCCAAUAUGUGCACACUGUGUUAUCUGGCAUAUAUCAUGCAGUAGUUUUUUUUUAUUUUUUAAGGAGAAAAAAGUUCAUUUAUUGGUCAGUUGUGAUAAAUUGUGUAAAAGAAAUCAUAAAAUGCCUUCAGAAAUGUUAAAAUAAAAAUUAUGUUUUCCCCUUCAUUUCCACAGAAAUUAUUUUUUACAGGUUGUUGUCUCAUUUUAACAGUUUAUUUGCCACAGUUCGUCUUGAUGAACAAGUACAGUAAACUCUUGAUACAAUAAAUUUCUGAUUGUCAGUGAGCUGAUCAUCCACUUUGCAGAUUAUCCGUGGCGUAUUCCUACCACUGAUUUUUGCUGAUGA